AUGAAUAAUUACGUGCUACUGUAUACAGAUCCACAUUUAUGUAUUGACUAUAUAAAAACAAUUGUUGAUGAAAAUAUUAUCCUUAUUAUUUGUGCAUCACUACAUAAACUAGUUUUACCUAUCAUCCACUCAUUAAACACUGUUUGUGCAAUUUUUCUAACCUGUAAUGAUCGUUUACAGCUUACUUCUGCGUGCAGUGAAUACCCAAAAGUUGUUGCAAUUUGUACAGAUCAACAACAGUUGAUAAAAUCAAUCCAUGGCACUAUUCAGUCGAUGUCAAAUCAAACGAUGUCAUUCACUUUGUUUGACAGUAGCAAGCAAAAUUCAACACGAGAUUCGGCAUCGAUUUUAUGGUAUCGUUUACUAAUUGAUAUACUGAAAAUUUUGCCACACACUGAUCAGUCUAAGAAUGAAAUGCUUGAUAAAUGCGCUGAAUUCUAUCGCUUCAAUGAAGUUGAAUUACAAAAAAUCGAGACGUUUCGUACAUCCUAUACGGCAAGUAAAGCCAUCGAAUGGUAUACUUCCGAAUGUUUUUUAUAUAAACUGUUAAAUAAAGCACUACGUACAGAAGAUAUUGACUUAUUAUAUAUAUUCCGUUUUUAUAUUAUCGACUUAUACUCUCAGUUGGAACUGGAACAUCAUAAGCAAUUUCGCAUUAAUAAUAAUUGGGAUAAAUUGAUCGUAUAUCGUGGGCAAUUAAUUUCAAAAGAUGAGUUUAAAAGAAUGAAAGAAAAUCUUGGUAUGCGAAUAUCAAUAAAUAGUUUCAUGUCGACAUCCGAAGAUAUCAAUGUUGCAUUAGCAUUUAUUGCUGGUAUUCAAGAUAGUAACAACUGGUAUCCGAUUUUAUGCGAAAUUGUAGUCGAUUAUAAAUUAAAGAAUGCAAUCUUCGCUGCUAUUAGUAAAUUAAGUGUAAUGAAACAUGAAAAAGAAAUUUUAUUCGGUCUGGGCACAGUAUGUAGAAUUAUAUCUGUUAUCUAUGAUGAAGCAUUAAAUUUAUGGAAAAUGAUAAUGGAAGUAACAGAUGAUGAUCUUAAUAAUGUUGAAGAUUUCUUGGGGCAAACUGAAAAGGCUCAGAACUAUUUCCAAAAGUUAUUAAAUACCUUACCAGAUGAUCACGAAGAUAUUUCAUCAGUUUAUCAUAAUCUUGGUAAUAUAUUUCGCCAGAAAAAAGAGUUUAAUUUAGCCUUGAAUUAUUAUGUGACAGCUUAUAAUUUGCGACAAAAGCGUUUUUGUCGAAAUCAUACUCAUAUAGCAUCAUCUUUACGCAACAUUGGCCUUACUUAUCAGGCAAAAAAGGACUAUGAUCAUGCAUUGGAUUAUCUGACAGAUGCAUUAACAAUUGAACAAACAGUGAAUUCCGACGAUCACGAAAAUAUAGCUGUCACUAUGGAACACAUAGGAAAUGUCUAUAGAAGUAAAAAAGAAUAUCAACUAGCAUUAACAUUUUUGCUAAAUGCAUACGAUAUGUAUCAUCGGAUUUUGCCUGGUCAACAUCCUGAUAUUGCAUGGGCCGCAGGAAAUAUCGGUGUUAUUUUUGAAGAGCAAGGAGAUUAUGAUCGCGCGCUUCAUUAUUAUUAUCAUGCGUGGGAUAUUGAUGAAAAGAUUUUAAACAGUGACCAUCAAGAUUUGACAAUAGAUUUCAAUCGCAUUGUUACCUGUCUUGUAAAGAAGCUUGAUUAUACGACUGCUCUGACUUUUUGCAACCAAAAGUUGACUGAUCAAAACUUAAAGCUGCCAGAGAAUCAUCCAAGAAAUGGUUAUACUAUGAAAACUAUUGGAUGUUUAUUUAGACACAAGAAAGAUUUUAAUCAAGCAUUGCAUUGGUAUCAAAAAUCUUUGUAUCUAUUCCAGCGAUGUUUACCACAAGAGCAAGAGCCAAUAAUUGAAUGUCUUAUUGUAAUCAGUCAGUUAUACUAUGAAUAUAAUGUGUUUCAUGAUGCACUGGAAACUCGACAAAGAGCUCUAUCUCUACAAUCAAAACUUUAUACAUCUGAUCAUAUUGAUAUUGCGUCAUCCUUAUUAUUUAUCGGCCAAUUGUACAGGCAUACCAAAAAUUAUGAUCAAGCACUUGUUUAUUUCAAUCAAUGUUUGAAAAUCUAUCAAGCCAAUUACGGAGAAGAACAUGUAGAUAUCACACAUGUACGGAACGAGAUUGAAUUGACGGCAAACCAAAUGAAUGAAGAGACAAUAGUCGGCGACGGAGUUCCUCUGUGA